AUGGAUUUACCUGGAGUCAGAAGGAGUACUCGCGUUCGCGUUCCUACUGAGAGGGGGCUGGAUUAUCAGCUCCCUCUUAGGAAAAAGAAUUACAAUCAAUGUAAGAAGAAAUUAGAAGAUAAGCUAAACGCUCUAGAUAUGAGCUGGACGGAGCUGUCAGAUGCAGAGGCUUUGAGAAAAGAGAGAACGUUUAUAGAAGAUUACAGAAAGGCCCUUAUGGAGGGAUCCUCGGAGUUCCUGCUGCUAUUACCAAGCGAAUAUGACAAUGAUGUGGCUCGUGAAACAGAUUACUUGAACAGGCAAGCAAUGGAGUUGAGGAGAAGGAUUGGCGAAAGGAUUUUCGAACUGGAAAAGGUGGAAUUGCGGUCGCGUCGUAGUGGAAAAACGCGUUCUUCAAAGCACUCAAGUGCCUCUCAAAUUUCUUUAAUGAAGAUUAAAACUAUGACUGAGUUGGCCAAGAGGAAGGUGGAAAUGCAAUAUGCAAGAAUUGAAGCUCAAAAGCAAAUGGAAAUGCAACGGAAGAAAUUCGAAAUAGAAGAAAUUCAAAGACUGAAGAGUUACGAAAGUGCUAACGCAGAAGCAGAUGCGGUGGCGAAGAUAAAAGAAGAUGAAGAAGGGAGCCCCAAGUUGCUGAACCUUGACCAAUUCGGGAUCACUAAAGAGGAUAAGGAGGAACGGACUCGCAGCUAUGUCUCAUCUUUAACAACUCUCUCCUCCACCGGCAGUCAGGAUCCUUUACCAUUCUUGUUUGAACCUUCGGCUAAAGAUGAACAUCCUUCCAUGACGCCAGAAAUGGCCCUUGGCACACAUCUAAACAUGGUGCAAAGAACUAGCUCAGAUCAAAAGGAAACCCAAGAUAGUGUGCAAGACCUGCCGGGGAAGAUUCCCUCUCGUUCAGUACCAAGCGUUGCUUUCACCCAGCCCUUUAGUGGACCUGCCAGCACUGAAAAUCAGCACCGUACAAUCGCUGAGGCGAUAGCUGAAGGCAUGGAGGCGGCAAGAUUACCGACGCCUCACCUAACAGUAUUCAGUGGAGACCCCCUUGGUUGGCCAACAUGGAAGGUUGCCGUCGAAACUGUGAUUGAGAAAAGGGCUACUAACACGGACGAGAAAAUGCUGUACCUUCUGCAGUACUUGUCGGAGCCUUCUAAGAAAAUUUUCGAAGGAUAUCAGUUCGUCCAAACUGGUGACGCUUAUGAAGAAGCUAAGAAGAUUCUUGAAAGACGAUUCGGGCACCCCGCUGUUGUUGCAGAUGCUUUCCGCAAAAGAUUGGAAGGUUGGCCAAAGAUUCCACCCAAAGACGCAUCCGCUUUGUGAGAAUUCGCAGAUUUCCUCAAAACAUGUGAACUGGCCAUGCGGUGCGUAGAAGAUCUUGAAACCCUAAACAAACAACAUGACAACAAGCAGCUGGUAAAGGGUUCUGCCUGGCUGGGCACUUCCUUAAUGGGGAGUCAGAGUGAGAGACUAUCAAAUCAAGCACGGUGACAGCAAGUUUCCCCCCUUCUCGGAGUUUGUUAAAUUCGUUGCUGAGACUGCAGAAAUACAGUGCCUUCCUGUACUUACAAACGUAGACACGAACAGAUUCGCGAAAGACAUCAAGGCCAGAAAUCCCAAAACAAGGUUUGGAAAUCGAAAGGGUGAUGACGCUAACACGCUUGCUUCAGGAGCAGACAAAGGGCCAACACCAAAGGAUGAAAGGAAAGCAGCCUGUCUUUGCUGUGGUUAUAGGUCACACGAUCUUGAUUCGUGCAGAGACUUCAUGUUGAGACCCCGGAAUGAGAGAAUACUGUUAAUCAUAAGAAAGGGACUUUGCCUAAAGUGCUUAACUCACGGUCACAUGGCAAAAGACAACAAGUGUGAAAGUGUUCCAAGUUGCAAGAAAUACAAACAGAAACACCCAACCUGUCUGCACAAGGAAAAUGCUAAUGAAGCUGAGGUACAAAUUCCUAAGGCAUCAGUUAGCUGUACAGGCGCCUCCAAUGCAGAGAUUAUCCACCCCGAUGAAGGCGAUGCUACAGCUAAGUGCACAAGUGUCUGCUCCAUUGAAGGUCAGCAGCUCGGACAUGGCCAACGCUUGAUAGUUCCAGUUUGGGUUUCAAGCUCUAAUGGUGACCAGUGUGUUCUGACGUAUUCCCUGAUUGAUUGCCAGUCGAAUGCCAGUUUCAUCACAGACCAGUUAAGGGAAACGCUGAAG